CCCCAACCCUGACCUGCCGCAAUCCCACCUUCCAGCCUCUCUAGUCUGCCAGGCUGCGGCGCCCAGCUUGAAAGGUGCAGGCCUUACACCCCUGCAGAAUGACUGUUGCCACCGGCGACCCGUCGGAUGAGGCAGCAGCCCAGCCAAGUCAGCCGCAGGAAUAUGACCCAGAAGCGGAUCACGAGUGCUGCGAGCGCGUCGUCAUCAACGUUUCAGGCCUGCGCUUCGAGACGCAGCUCAAGACGAUCUCGCAGUUCCCCGAAACGCUGCUGGGGGACCCCAAGAAGCGCAUGCGCUACUUCGACCCACUGAGGAACGAGUACUUCUUCGACCGCAACAGGCCGAGCUUCGAUGCCAUCCUCUACUACUACCAGUCUGGUGGGAGGCUACGACGGCCGGUGAAUGUGACCCUGGACGUCUUCUCCGAGGAGAUCCGCUUCUACGAGCUCGGGGAUGAGGCCAUCGAGCUCUUCAGAGAGGAUGAGGGCUUCAUUAAGGAAGAGGAGAGGCCUCUGCCUGAGAAUGAGUUCCAGAGGCAGGUGUGGCUCCUCUUCGAGUACCCUGAGAGCUCGGGGCCUGCCCGGAUCAUCGCCAUCAUCUCCGUGAUGGUCAUUCUCAUCUCCAUCGUCAGCUUCUGCUUGGAGACGCUGCCCGUCUUCCGUAGCGACGAUGAUGACUUGAUCAAGACCCCACACCCGACAGCCAACGGCACCUUCAUAUACACCUCCACCUACUUCACAGACCCCUUCUUCAUCCUGGAGACCCUCUGCAUCAUCUGGUUCUCCUUUGAGUUCCUGGUGCGCUUCUUCGCCUGCCCCAGCAAGGCCAGCUUCUUCGUCAACAUGAUGAACAUGAUCGACGUGGUGGCCAUCAUCCCCUACUUCAUCACCCUGGGGACGGAGCUGGCAGAGAAGGCUGAGAAUGACGGUGAAAAGGGUCAACAGGCAAUGUCUCUGGCCAUCCUGAGGGUCAUCCGUUUGGUGAGGGUCUUCCGAAUCUUCAAGCUGUCCAGACACUCCAAGGGGCUCCAGAUUCUGGGCCAGACCCUGAAAGCCAGCAUGAGGGAGCUGGGACUGCUCAUCUUCUUCCUCUUCAUCGGAGUCAUCCUCUUCUCCAGCGCCGUCUACUUCGCAGAGGCCGACGAGCCCGAGUCGCAGUUCUACAGCAUCCCGGACGCGUUCUGGUGGGCCGUGGUAACCAUGACGACCGUGGGCUACGGCGACAUGACGCCGACGACCAUCGGCGGCAAAAUCGUGGGCUCCCUCUGCGCCAUCGCCGGCGUGCUGACCAUCGCCCUGCCCGUGCCCGUCAUCGUGUCCAACUUCAACUACUUCUACCACCGCGAGACGGAGGGAGAAGAGCAGGCGCAGUACCUGCAGGUCAACGUGGCCAAGGAGGACUCCAACGAGGAGCUGAAGAGGAGCCGCAGCGGGUCCACCAUCAGCAAGUCUGACUACAUGGAGAUACAGGAGGGCGUCAACAACAGCAACGAAGACUUCCAGGACGAGAACAUCAUAAAGGCCAACUGCACGUUGGCCAACACAAACUAUGUCAACAUCAAGAAAAUGCUGACGGAUGUAUAGGCUUCUGGAAAUUUCUCCUCCAGGUCAGGAGAAGGGCAUGGGACACCAGGAGAGGAAAUUAAGCAUUGGACUUCCUGUUUCCAGGGCGAUGGAUUCAGAGGGCUGUGCACUGUCGAGGAACAGGUGUAGUAGGCACCUCCGUGUUUCAGCUGAGGGACUUUGUGUGCCCACUCCCCCUAUAUAGGCCCCCGUUUACCAUCCAUCCACUUCUCUGCCCCCUCCCUCCUAGUACUUAAUGCCAGUCCCUCAUCUAAAACCCCAAAUAUUUAAUGUCUGCAUGGAUUAGCUUUGUGUGUGUGGCUGCUUCCAUCUCACCAUGUCGCGCGCUAACCAGCUUUAGUGCAAACUGUGGGGGUCGUGAGGGACUUCUUAAUCUGAGACAAACAAAAGCGCAGUGGUCUGUGCCUCUCACACACACACACCUGUGUUGUCUGUGCCUCUCACACACACACCGUGUUGUCUGUGCCUCUCACACACACACCGUGUUGUCUGUGACUCUCACACACACACUAGUGUUGUCUGUGCCUCUCACACACACCCGUGUUGUCUGUGCCUCUCACACACACCCGUGUUGUCUGUGCCUCACACACACACAGCCGUGUUGUCUGUGCCUCUCACACACACACACCCGUGUUGUCUCCGCACCGCAGAGCCUGAUGCUGCUGCGUGUCCAUGCUGCU